CGGUUCAGAAUGGAGAUUGCUUUAACACUGCUACACCAAUCUGAUGACCUAAGUGAACUGUGCCACUUUUGUGGAGAGGCAGAAACAUUUGAAGACUCUGAAGAAGAGGCAGAAACAUUAAAAGACACUGGAGGAGAGACUGAAACAUUUGAAGACUCUGAAGUUCUUUGGAUUGCUUGUGACUACUGCGGGCGGUGGUUCCACUUAAAAUGUGUGGGCAAUCCAUCUACAGAGAAAGAAUACAAAUGUGUUUCUUGCAAUAAAUGACUCAGUUAUGAA